AUGGAGGUAAAGAGGAACAUGAAGUUCUCUCUCAUCGUUCUCCUCACUGUUGAGAUUGCACUAAGCAUGUACGGAUACUAUUCCAUGGAUUCAACUCUCAUCAAUACCGUCGUUGACACAUUCUACAUCAUCUGGAUUUUCAACCUCUUGGUCGCCUCUUUGUUCAGUAUCAUCGCCAACCCACUUCUCUUCUCCAUCUAUUGUGCGGGCUUCAGAAUGAUUCAUCUUGCUGCUGUCGUCUACAUUUUCUGCUCGUAUAGCUACAUGGCAGUUUCCGCGUACGUACUGGUCUUUUGCAUUGCGGAUUUCGUCUACCUUGUCAAUGGAGUGUCGAAUGAACAGAUGACUUUCUCCGGAAGAAUGAUGAAUGAAUGA